UACAGAUUGACUGGGUUCAACAUUCAACAGUUUUCAUCAGUCAGCAUCAGUUGUCGCUUGCGUCAUGGAAACUCUCCUCUACUGUCUGUUGCUGGUCACCGUGCCAGUCUCGGCCAGCAGGGGUGCAGCUUACAAGGGGACAAUCAGCGCAGGAAACACCAUGUGUGCGUUUACUGAACUGAAAGGUGGCAAUUCCUCUGGUAAAGGACCUCGUGGGGUGCGGCUCCAUUCCUGUAAGAAUCAUAUCGGCAACAUGAACGUAGAUUGUUCCUACUAUGGGGCGAACCCACACCACUGUGGCGCCUACAAACCGAAUCUCCAGCUGAAGAUUGUCGCCUACUAUAAAGCUCUUGCCAAAGCCGCCAUGAACAAUGGUUUACCGUGCACACGGGGCAGCAUUUAUGAAAAGAUUUGUCAUCUGACCUACCCAUGCACUUCAGGAAACUGUUUACUCUCAACGAUUUGAGAUGUGGUGCUUUGAGAUAUCAGGACGAAU